AUGGUUAAAUUACUGCUGGAGCACAAGGCUGAUGUGAACUUGAUUGACUCAAACGACAAGACAGCCCUGUGUUAUUCUGUAGAAAAUGGUUUUGUUGAGAUUGUAAAGCUGCUGGUAGACAAUGACGCAGAUGUUAAUUAUGCAUCGUUUACUACACCACUACAUGAGUCGUGUAAACGUGAAACUUUUGAACUUGUAAAAAUGUUGGUAGAAGCUGGAGCUGAUGUGAAUAAAAUAGAUAAGUCUGGAGACUCCCCACUAUGUAUAUCAGCUCAAAGGGGUAAAAUAGACAUAGUAAUAUUUUUAGUAGAAAAUGGUGCGGACGUUAAUAUAGGUAAAUCUCCUCCUCUAUUUUAUGCUUGUGACGAAGGUUAUUUUGAAAUAACAAAAUAUUUAGUAGACUCUGGAGCUGAUGUGAAUUUAAGGAAUUCAGAUGGAGAAUCUGCGCUCGGUAAAUCUGUUUUUAAAGGACACUUAGAUAUUGUGAAGAUUUUACUAGAGAAAGGUGCCGAUGUUAACUACACCGCAAGAUCAUUUGUAGAGCCGGCACUUUUAAAAGCAGUAAGUGAAGGUCACUUUAACAUUGUAGAAUUGUUACUUCAGUAUGGCGCAAAUGUCAACUAUACAUCUGGUACAACUGGAGAGACGGCCCUUUUGAAUGCAGCAAGGAGAGGUCACUCUAACAUUGUAGAAUUGUUACUUCAGUAUGGCGCUGAUGUUAAUAAAAUUGACAAAGAAGGGAAUAACGCGUUAAUUGUAUCAUUACAAGGUGCACAUGUAAAAACAGUUGAAAUUUUAGUACAGUGUCAAAUGAAAACAUCAAUUCUUAAUGGCGGAAUAAGUAUAAACCAAACUAAUAAUAUAGGACGGUCAUCGUUCAUGUUAGCUGCCAUGAAAGGUUUGAAUGAAAUCGUUUUAGACAUUAAAAAAUACAGUGAUUCUUCUGUGUUUGAUGUCGAUGGCAAUAGAGCUUUCAUGUUAGCGGCCAUGAAUGGCCACCUGGACAUUGUAGAGCUACUGUAUGACGGUACUGUGGAUGCUAACUUUAAAGGACAAAACGCUCUUAUGUUAGCAGCUAUUGGUGGACAUGCUACAGUUGUGGAGUGGCUGAUUUCUAAAGGAUUUGAUGUCAACAAAACAGAUCACCAUGGUAUCACAGCUCUAAUGAUGGCUGGUAAAAAGGAGGUUGUUGAGGUGUUGUUAAAACAUGGAGCAGAUGUUAACAAAACAGAUCACCAUGGUAACACAGCUCUAAUGAUGGCUGGUAAAAAGGAGGUUGUUGAGGUGUUGUUAAAACAUGGAGCAGAUGUUAACGUGAGGAACUGUGAUGGAAGAAAUGCACUGAUGGAACUUUUGUCAAAGAAUAAAAGUGACCUUCUAACAGCUCGCCUUCAUCCACACUACAACUCAAAUGAGGUUUCCAAUGAUACUUCACUAAUGUUGGCUGUAAAAAAUAAUUCAUCGGAGAGUGUCAAACUACUCCUUGCCAACAGUAAUGUUAACGUUAAUGAUGUAGGCAAUGAUGGGAAUUCCGCGCUUAUGUUGGCUUUACAGAUGGAGACACCUGAACAUGAAUGGUCAUACAUUAAAGCUCAACGAACUGAUAUAAUACAAGAACUACUUCAUCACGGCAUUGACGUCAACCAUGUCAACAACAACAAAACCUCGGUGCUCAUGUUGGCUGUACAGAAGAGAUUUAUACCAGCAGGGGUUGAUAGGGAUAUUGACAUGGGGGAUAUUGAAGGGAAGACGGCGUUAAUGUAUGCUGUAGAAACAUGGUUUAAUAAAGAUGUAGUGCGGCAAUUGUUGGAACAUCACAAGGCUGAUGUUAACGUUGUUGAUAACAAGGGGAAGACGGCGUUGAUGUAUGCUGUAGAAAGAUACUAUUGUAAAGACGUAGUGCGGCAAUUACUGCAACAUCACAAGGCUAAUGUUAACGUUGUUGAUAAUGAAGGGAAGACGGCGUUAAUGUAUGCUGUAGAAACCAGGGGAAAUGAUGAUGUAGUGCGGCAAUUGCUGGAACAUCACAUGGCUGAUGUUAACGUUGUUGAUAAUGAAGGGAAGACGGCGUUAAUGUAUGCUGUAGAAACCAGGGGUAAUGAUGAUGUAGUGCGGCAAUUGCUGGAACAUCACAUGGCUAAUGUUAACCUUGUUGAUAAUGAAGGGAAGACGGCGUUAAUGUAUGCUGUACAAAGAUACAAUUGUAAAGAUGUAGUACGGCAAUUGCUGGAACAUCACAUGACUGAUGUUAACGUUGUUGAUAAUGCAGGAGAAACAGCGCUAAUAAAAGCUGUUAAAAAUGAUAAAGGAGAUAACGUCAGGAUCCUGUUGGAGCAUAAAGCUGACAUUUACAUACAAGACAAACAAGGUCGGACGGCGUUAAUGUGGGCUGCUAAAGCAAACUUUAGUAGUCUUUUUAUGACCAAAUUAUUACUAGAGACUACACCAUCAAACCAAAGCACACACCAGGUCAGUUGUCAUAUGUCAGCUUUAGAUCAAACAGACAAUAAAAGAAGAACAGCUUUCAUGUGGGCUACUAAACGUUGUGACUUAGAAGUCAUGGAAUAUUUGUUGGAAAGAGGAGUUUGUGUUUCACAGAUUGAUGCUGCAGUGAAGAAAAUACUGAUAACAGCAAUAACAAGAAAUACAUAUUAUAGUGGUUUUAAACUAACUGCAUCUGGAAUCAAUUUUAUUUUGAAUUUUGCAUCAGAAUACCCAAAUAUAUUGGAGCAAAUUUUGACUAAAUCAAAAAACCUAACAUAUUUUGAUCUUGUGGAUAAAGAUAGUAAUACAUUACUUAUGUUGUAUGCAAAAAAUAGCCCACUUAGAUAUGGCAGUUGCAAUAACAAACUCCUUCUUAAAAUAAAACAAGAUGUAAACGCAGUAAACAAAUAUAAAAAAACAGCUUUAAUGAUAGCUUUAGAAAACAGAAACUACGAGUUUAUAGAACGAGUCUGUAAACUUUAUAAAGAAGAUGAUGUUGUGUGUCCUAAAGGUAGAACGUUACUUAUGAUGGCGGCACAAGCUUGUUUAGUUGACACGGUGAAAUAUUUGGUCAGUAAGGGGUCGAAGGUCAACCAGGUUGACAAGAAACAGAGAACAGCACUCAUGUAUGUUUCAUAUUUUAAACCUGUACCUUAUCAGAAUAAAGACAACACGUUUGAACUAAUAGAAUAUCUGUUAGUUCAAGAUGCGGAUGUUAAUGUUUCUGAUUACAAACAUGAAACUAUGUUAAUAAAAAUUUUGAAAAAAAAAGUCGAGGAAAAUGUUUGGCCUAUCAUCGAACAUUUGCUAGACAAAAAUGCACAAGCAAAUGUCAUAGACCGAGAUGGCAGGUCUCCACUUAUGAUAGCAAUUAUACAAUUAGGUCUGAUAAAUCAACGACGAAACAAUGGAUUUACGUAUAAAAACAUACAACAGAUUAUUAAACAGCUCACUCAUGUAGUGCAUAUCUUGAUAAACAAAGCUAAUGGCGUCAAUACAACAGACAACAACGGUAAUACAGCUCUAAUGCUGGCAUCUAAAUACGGGUUGAACAAUGUGGUCCAGGUUUUAAUAAAGAAGACAGACGACAUCAAUAGGGUCAACAAAAAAGGUCAAACAGCUUAUGACCUGGCACUAAAGAAUGGACAUUACAGUGUCGUACAGACUUUGGUAGAAAACAAAGCAAAUGUUAAAACUAACGAUAUUUUAGAAUUUACCUCAGUUUUUUCUGGUUUACACAAUUUACAUCAAAGAUCGUUUUUUUUAAAUAACGGAACUCGUGAAAUAGAAUUAUGGACAGCUUUUCUCAAUGAGUUGUAUCUACAGUCAGCUUUAGCCACAAAUAGAGGAGAAAACCCGACAUGUCAUGAUUAUACUGAAACUAUAACCUAUUACAUGUCAACCUGA